ACCAUGAUGAUCCCAAGCGUCAUCGCGCCUCCUGCCCUCUACCCGGGGCUGUACAGACCGGCCGCCGCGGCUCUACCGCUCCAUCAGACCCUGCCGUCCGCCUUCCCGACCCACUCCAGCUUUCUAGUGGAGGACCUGCUGCGUAUAAGCCGCCCCGCCGCCUUCUUAAACCGGACUGUUCCCUCAGUGAGUGCCUCCGUGCCCACCACCACUGUGUCCUUCAGCUGCGCGCCCGCGGAGCGCGCGGUGGCCACGACCGCGGUGACGCGCGAAUCGUGCUCGCCGAAAACUUCGCUGCCGAGCAGCAAGGACCCAACUUUUCUCAAGUUUGGAGUGAGCGCCAUCCUGGCACCUUCACCAAAGACCGCGUCCUCACCCCCUACAGUCCAAAGCCUGCACUCCAAGACCUUCCCCUUCCCCUGCUUUGACGGAACCUUUCACCCCAUAUUCAGGACGCCUUAUUUACCAGCAUCGUCAUCAGUUGUUCCCAUCCCGGGGACUUUUUCGUGGCCUCUGGCCGCCAGAGGAAAACCCCGGAGGGGGAUGCUGAGGAGGGCGGUGUUCUCUGACGUACAGCGGAAGGCCUUGGAGAAAAUGUUCCAGAAACAAAAGUACAUCAGCAAGCCUGACAGGAAGAAACUGGCCUCCAAACUGGGCCUAAAAGACUCACAGGUGAAAAUCUGGUUCCAGAACCGGCGGAUGAAAUGGAGGAACUCCAAGGAACGAGAGCUGCUGUCCUCAGGUGGCUGCCGUGAGCAGACGCUGCCCACCAAAGCCAACCCGCACCCGGACCUCAGCGACGUGGGCAAGAAGUCCUCAGCCGAGGAUGAUGAGGAGGAAGAAGAAGAAGAGUACGCAGGAGAGAGAAUGAGGUCGGCAGGGUCCAGCGUCUCCUCUCCUUCUCUCUCCAGUAAGCACUCAGACUUCUCAGAGUCAGACGAAGAAGAAAUAACAGUAUCUUAAUUUAUUUUAAAAAAAAGCAAAUAUAGAGAUAUAACCCACGUUUUGUUUUUAUAUGAGACUGUGACCAGAUUUGUAAGAAACAAACCCCAUAAAUGUCAUUGUUAAAGAAAAAAAAAAAAAAAGCUUCACUCAAGUUUGUUGCUUCUUCAGGAUCUGCUUCUGAGACACAAUUUGCUGUUUUGCACAGCUUUGUUCAAUUGUACAGUAUUUUGUACAAUUUUGUAUGGAAAUUUUAUGCCAAGAAUAUUGAGUUCCUUUUACCUUGAC